CAAGGGAAGAAUGAGUAGUGAGGACCUGGUCACACUGAAUGUGGGAGGGAAGAUAUUCACAACAAAGUCUGCUACUCUUAGGCAGUUUCCUGCUUCUCGAUUAGUACGAAUGUUAGAUGGUAGAGACCAAGAAGUCAGGAUGAUUGGUGGACAGAUUUUUGUAGACAGAGAUGGUGUUUUAUUUAGUUUUAUCUUAGAAUUUCUGAGAACUCACCAGCUUUUAUUACCUACUGAUUUUUCAGACUAUCUUAGGCUUCAGAGGGAGGCUUUUUUCUAUGAACUUGAUUCCCUGGUUGAUCUCUUAAACCAAGAACUUCUGCUACAGCCCAAACCUGUGCUUUUGGAGGUGCAUUUCUUGUGCAGAAACACUCAAGCUUUUUUCAGAGUAUUUGGCUCUUGCAGCAAAACAAUUGAGAUAUUAACCGGGAAGAUUACAGUAUUUGUAGAGCAACCUUCAGCACCCUCCUGGAGUACUAGUUCUUUUCCUCAGAUGACCUUACUUCCACUGCCUCCACAAAGACCUUCUUACCAUGACCUGGUUUUCCAGUGUGGCUCUGACAGCACAUCUGAUAACCAAACCGGAAUCAGGUAUGUUUCUAUAAAACCUGAUAACCGAAAACUGGCCAAUGGAACUAAUGUUCUUGGCUUACUGAUUGAUACUGUACUAAAGGAAGGCUUCCAUCUGGUCACUAGAACAAUAUCCUCUGAAGACAAAACUGAAUGCUAUAGUUUUGAAAGGACAAAAAGACCUCAAGUCCUCACUGUGAACAAAACACUGAAACCAGAGAUUACCACCAUGCCAGAGCAAGCUCAGAAAAAGAAAUGAAGUCUGUUCUCUUUUACAGUUAUUGUUUUUCUUGUUU